CGGCCGUGGGCGGGGUUGUGGGUGUGGCCUAGUCGUCACGCGCGGCCCCGCCCCAUCACCCUUCGUCGCUCUCUGGAGGCGGCAACCGCUAGUCGUCAGCCCUUCCCGGUUGUUCUGGCCGGCUGCACCCUGGUUCUCCGGUGACAAUGGGGGACCCCAACAAGCAAGACAUCCUGACCAUCUUCAAGCGCCUCCGCUCCGUGCCCACUAACAAGGUGUGUUUUGAUUGUGGCGCCAAAAACCCUAGCUGGGCAAGCAUAACCUAUGGAGUGUUUCUUUGCAUCGAUUGCUCAGGGACACACCGGUCACUUGGUGUUCACUUGAGUUUUAUCCGGUCUACAGAGCUGGAUUCUAACUGGUCUUGGUUCCAGUUGCGAUGCAUGCAAGUUGGAGGAAAUGCUAACGCAUCUUCCUUUUUCCAUCAACAUGGGUGUGCCACCAACGACACCAACGCCAAAUACAACAGUCGCGCUGCUCAGCUCUACAGGGAGAAAAUCAAGUCACUCGCCUCCCAGGCAACACGGGAGCGCGGCACCGAUCUGUGGCUUGACAGUUGUGUGGUUCCGCCUUCAUCCCUUCCACCAAAAGAAGAAGAUUUUUUUGCCUCUCAUGUUUCUCCAGAGGUGAGUGGUACAGCCUGGGCCUCAUCACCAUCAGAACUGUCUUCUUUAACACCAAGGGCCGUGGAAACCACUCCAGAAAAUAGUGAAGGGGGACCAGAACAAGGACCAAGUGUAGAAGAUCUUAAUGUACCAACAAAAGCUGCUUUGGAAGUUUCCUCUAUCAUAAAGAAGAAACCGAAUCAAGUUAAAAAAGGACUUGGGGCCAAAAAAGGAAGUUUGGGAGCCCAGAAACUAGCGAACACAUGCUUUAAUGAAAUUGAAAAACAAGCUCAAGCGGUAGAUAAAAUGAAGGAGCAGGAAGACCUUCUGGCCAGGGCGGCCCCUAAGGAAGAAUCAAUUGUUUCGUCAUUACGAUUAGCCUAUAAGGAUCUCGAAAUUCAAAUGAAGAAAGAUGAAAAGAUGAACAUUAGUGGCAGAAACAAAGUUCAAUCAGAGAGACUUGGCAUGGGAUUUGGGAAUUGCAGAAGUGGUAUUUCACAUUCAGUGACUUCAGACAUGCAGACCAUAGAACAGGAGUCACCCAUCAUGGCAAAACCAAGAAAAAAGUACUCUGACGACAAUGAUGAUUCAUAUUUUACUUCCAGCUCAAGGUACUUUGAUGAGCCACUGGAGUUAAGGACCAGUUCAUUUUCUAGCUGGGAUAACGGUUCCGAUUCGUACUGGAAGAAGGAGACCAACAAAGAUACUGACGCAGUUCUGAAAACCACAAGCUACUCAGACAGGCCUGCUGCUCGCCGCAAGCCGGAUUAUGAACCAGUUGAACAUACAGAUGAGGCCCAGAAGAAGUUUGGCAACGCCAAGUCCAUUUCAUCAGACAUGUACUUUGGAAGACAAGCCCAGGCUGAUUACGAAGCCAGGGCCCGGCUGGAGCGGCUAUCGGCAAGUUCCUCCAUCAGCUCAGCUGAUCUGUUCGAGGAGCAGCGGAAGCAGCCAGCAGGGAACUACGGCCUCUCCAGCGUGCUGCCCAGCGCCCCUGACAUGGCACAGUUCAAGCAGGGAGUGAGGUCUGUUGCUGGAAAACUCUCCGUCUUUGCCAAUGGAGUCAUGACUUCAAUUCAGGAUCGCUAUGGUUCUUAAUGCUGAUGCGAGGAUGCCUGCUUCCUGGAGGAUUCCUCUUCACAUGAAGUGGCGACCCCGUCACCGGUGCAACAAAGACCAGACAGUUUUGCAGAUUGUUGUGCUGCUUUUUUCACGUGGUAUAUAUACAUUUCUGAUUUUUAAUAUUUCUUUUGAGAAAUUUUUAUUUUUGAUGUAGUAGAAGCUUUACCAUAAUUUCUAUUUUGUGUUACCCCUUGCAUGCCCUCCCUCGGGCAUAUCUGUGCACGUCUUUGGUUUAUGCUCCCGGGAUCUUCGGGAUCUUCCGUUCCACUGGCUGGGCCUGGAGACACUGGCUCCUCCCUGCUCCGUGGACCGGAGACGUCACUUGCGGGAGGAGCAGUCUGCUCCUGACUCGUGGGCCACCAGAUCAUCGUCUGAUGCUCGAGGGCCCUGUGGAAACAGCAUUCACCACAUACACAUUUCAUUAGAAAGGAAGUAAAGAGAGACAAGAGACCGGCAGUGACUGGUGUCCAACUUGACAGAUUGCUUCACUUCUGUUUCUACACAUUCAAAAUAAUGUUUAAAGUCAUUUGUCCCUUUGUAAAUUGUUUAUUUUGUAUGAUCUAUAAAUUUAAAAAUAUUUUUCGGUGAGUGCUUUUAACAAAGCUAAGCUUCCACUUUCCCAAGGGAGUUAAUUUUAUCUUUUGACAAGGUGUUGCUGUUUGAAUUUAUGAGAAAUGUAAGAUGAGAAUUCCCUAAGUGUGUUUAUAAAUCGAUGUAGUGCACAGAAUUAAAAUUGAAUAAGGUAAGAAAUAAAGCUACAGAAAAUAGUUCAUCAUAUGGGAAAAUCGUAAUUGUAAUCGGGUAGUUUUGUUAAUAUUUUUUAUCUUAAUCUUGGUUAGCAAAAAUUACAGAAUGUGUAUAAAUGAAUAAAGAAAUAUAAUUUGGCUGUGUUUUAGACAGCAAUAGAAUAUAUUGUUCAGCACAGUAAAAUAUAUUUAAAAUCUGAUGAGCCAAAAAUGUGGUUUCAAAUGAAUAUUUUGUAAAUCUUUCUUAAAAGCUCAAAUUUGUAGACUUCUAAAUAUAAUAAACAGUUGCACAGAU